CCGGGAGUGCCCCUCACCUUCAUCCCCAUGCCCCUCCUUCCUCGAACUCCAUUUGCCGUUGCAAACCGCAGCUGCCAAUUCCUAUCAGUUAUAAAAUCUCCCCUUGUCCUCCCAUCGUCCUCCCACUAUCUCUGACCUUGUCUUUGUUCUGCUCAAGCAAACUUCUUUACUCUCAAGACAAUCCCAGACACAUAUUUCGACUCCUCGCAGUCUCCAUUCGAGUUAGUAUAACACAAGCUUUCCUCCACCACCCCAACACCACUUCAUUGUUGUAGCUUUCUCCUCUAGCUCGGAUCAGCUAAUUUGUGUAUAGACCCUUCGUCCCUAUCGAUCGAAAGCCUCAAGUAAAGCCCACCCAUGCACAAGAUGGAGGACUACAUGUCAUCCACUCGCUUGGUCACGAGCCUUCAAGGUCAAGGUACUUUUAAAAAUCAUAUCAGACAUGAGGAUGUCUGAGCAUGAACCGGUGUUCGCUGCAAUCUGCCAAUGACCUGUCGUCCACCCAACCCUCACCUGGGUUGGAGACGAUAGCUUGGAUGUGAGAGCGCGUUCUGAGAUUAUACGGUUGAACUUGACUCUGGAUAAUACCAGCGAAAGGAUCAUGCCCUCUCCUUCUUUCCUCUUAACACCAGUCACACCCCCCUAACACCUUGCAGGACCUUGAAACAUGUCUCCCCCAAUUGCCACCUUCGAUGAGUAUGCCUCUGGCUAUACCCCAACCACCAAAGACCUUAAGGGUGCACCUGAGACCCAAACAGUAGUCCUCAAAGGUGAAGAUAGCUACACCAAGCUCUUGGACGACUUUGGCGGAAAAUGGGACUCUUUCAAGUUCGCCCCAAUCCGGGAGUCCCAAGUCUCCCGUGCCAUGACUCGACGCUACUUUGCCGACCUCGACAAGUACGCAGAGUCUGAUGUCGUCAUCGUCGGUGCCGGCUCCUGCGGUCUGUCUGCUGCCUACACCCUGGGCAAAGCUCGACCUGACCUCAAAAUCGCCAUCAUUGAGGCAUCCGUCUCGCCCGGUGGUGGAUGCUGGCUCGGAGGACAGCUCUUCUCUGCCAUGGUCCUUCGCAAGCCCGCCGAGGAGUUCUUGAAUGACAUCGGUGUCCCAUUCGAGGACGAAGGCAACUAUGUCGUGGUCAAGCACGCCGCUUUGUUCAUGAGCACCCUCAUGAGCAAGGUCCUUGCUCUGCCCAAUGUCAAGUUGUUCAACGCAACCUGUGUCGAAGACUUGAUUACGCGACCAACUACCGAUGGCUCGGUCCGUGUUGUUGGCGUUGUGACUAACUGGACUCUGGUCACACUUCACCACGACAACCACUCUUGCAUGGACCCCAACACAAUUAACGCACCACUCGUCAUCAGUACCACCGGACACGAUGGUCCAUUUGGUGCUUUCUGUGCAAAACGUCUCGUGAGCAUGAAUGCCAUUGAGAAACUCGGUGGCAUGCGUGCCCUCGACAUGAACAGUGCCGAAGAUGCCAUUGUCAAGGGUACCCGCGAAGUUUCGCCUGGCAUCAUCAUUGGCGGUAUGGAAUUGAGCGAGUACGACGGUGCCAACCGUAUGGGACCUACCUUUGGUGCCAUGGUCUUGUCUGGCGUCAAGGCUGCCGAGGAGGCUCUGAAGGUUUAUGAUACCAGAAAGGCCGAAGCUGCCGAGUAAACGGAGCUCCUGUUAAUGCUCGCCGGCAGCAAGGUAGAGAGGCACAUAUCGCCCAGUACCAGAUUAGGGCUGAGGUCUAGGUUCAACUCAGUAGUCAUUCCUUAGACACAGAUAUAUAUAUCACGGACGUGUUGAUAAGCUCUGAGA